CGCGGGCCGCCCGGCCCCCCCCCCCCCCGCCCCGCCGGGCGCGAUGCCGCGGGUCUACAUCGGCCGCCUCAGCUACCAGGCGCGGGAGCGGGACGUGGAGCGGUUCUUCAAGGGCUACGGCAAGAUCCUGGAGGUGGAUCUCAAGAACGGGUACGGCUUUGUUGAGUUUGAUGAUCUGCGAGAUGCAGAUGAUGCUGUUUAUGAGCUAAAUGGUAAAGAUCUUUGUGGGGAGAGAGUGAUCGUUGAGCAUGCCAGAGGCCCACGUCGUGACAGCAGUUACGGUUCUGGACGCAGUGGAUAUGGUUAUAGAAGAAGCGGAAGAGAUAAGUACGGUCCUCCUACCCGUACAGAAUACAGAUUGAUUGUGGAAAAUUUGUCAAGCCGCUGCAGUUGGCAAGAUCUUAAGGAUUAUAUGCGUCAGGCAGGGGAAGUGACAUAUGCAGAUGCACACAAAGGAAGGAAAAAUGAAGGUGUGAUUGAGUUCAAAUCCUAUUCUGACAUGAAAAGAGCCCUUGAAAAGCUGGACGGGACAGAAGUAAAUGGCAGAAAGAUUAGAUUAGUGGAAGACAGACCUGGAUCGAGGCGGCGCCGCUCUUACUCCAGAAGCCGAAGCCAUUCGAGGUCUCGCUCUCGAAGCAGACACUCUCAUAAGAGCAGGAGCCGCAGUGCCAGUAGUAGUCGCUCCAAGAGUAGAUCAAGAUCCAGGUCUGUGUCCCGUUCCAGAAGCAAGAGCCGUAGUCGAAGCAAGAGCCGUAGCAGAGGCCAAAAAGAGAAAAGCAGGACUCCAAGUAAAGAGGAUAAAAGUAGGAGCCGCAGCAGGAGUGCAGAGAAAUCCCGAAACAAAAGUAAAGAUAAAUCUGAGGGCACUCUCCAUAACAGUGAUGAGAAAGCAAAGAGCAGGAGCCGCAGCAAGGAAAAGAGUAGGAGCAGGAGUGGGAGUAAGGACAGGGGAGAGACGAGGGAGAGCAUGAGGAGUAGGAGCAAGGAGAAAAGUAGAAGCAAAGACAGGGAGAAGAGCAUUAGCAAGGCUAGAAGCAGGAGCAGGGAUGAGAGUAGGAGCAGGAGCCACAGUAAGGAUAAAAGGAAAAGUAGGAAGAGAAGCAGGGAUGACAGCAGAAGCAGAAGCAGGAGCCGCAGCAAGAGUGAGAAAAGCAAGAGACGCAGCAAGCGAGACAGCAAACCAAGUAGCAAGAAGAAAAGGAAGGACAGCCACGAGCGGUCCAGGUCAGCCUCCAAAGAAAAGGAGCAUCUAAAAUCAGAUUCUGACAAAAAGGAGGCAAAAGGUGAGGGUGAGGAUGCAGCCACACGUCGCGUGUCUCGCUCCAGGUCUAGGUCGAUUUCCAAGUCAAAACCAAAUGUCAAAUCAGAUUCUCGUUCCAGGUCUAAAUCUGUUUCGAAGCCUAGGUCCCGGUCCAAGUCUAGAUCUAGGUCUGCCUCUAGGUCGCACUCCCGAUCACGGUCAAGGUCUCGCUCCAGAUCCUAACCUUGCUGCAACCACACUUGGAAUGGUCGGAAAAGUCUUUUGUACAUGUUUAGUAGUUGUAGCGCAAGUGAUUGAAGUAGAAAACAUGUCGAUGCUGUAUAUUUUUAACAACCCUGAUGGUAUGUCUGUCACUGGUAACUGCAGCGCUCCCUCCCUGCAAUGCUCUCUGGUGCAAGGCUGUUCAGCUCAUUUUCUAUCCUAGAGAAAGGUUCUCUUUAAAUGGAACUCUUCCUAGAGCACCGAAAUCGCCCUGCUUCCCAGGAGGAGCCUCGCAGAGAAUGAGCACUGCACCUUGGUGGGUCUCUGAGAUUGCAGUGAUGACUGAUAGGUAGGUAUGACGGCUUCAACAGCCUUUGCCCUUGAAUUGAUGCCCUUCGAUGUAUGCCAUUUAGUGGAAGUGCUAAGUCUUAAGUUUCAUACUACUUCUGUUUCAUAUUUUUUGGACUUACAAAGUUGUGAAUAGCACAGUCAAAAGGAAAAAGAAAAAAAUAGGUAUUUGCAGUAAUCCAUAGGGAAAAGAAGUAUAGUUCCAUAUUCUGGUAUUGUGACAAUAUUCUUGUUUUAUAUUAAAUUUUUUUAUUUUAUUUUUCCCUGUCUUGCAAAGUACAGUGAUUCCUGUUUCCAUGAAAUUUGAAUAAAGACUAUUUUUGCUUGAUGACA